AUGGCCCUGUCCACGGGCCAUGUGGCCAGCCAGCUAAGGCAUCUGAUUUAUUACAACCUCGAUAACAACCUCAUUCGAAAUGCGCUUUUCCUUGCUGGUCGUCUCCACGCCUUCGAACCCCGAUCUUAUGAGGCACAGUAUCUCCUAUCUCUCUGCCAUCUUCACAACGGUGAAGUCAAGGCCGCACUGGAUUGCAGCCACGGUUCCGGCUCUCGUGGGCUACACGCGGGCUGCGCUUACGUCUUCGCGCAAGCCUGCCUGGAUCUAGGGAAGAAUUUAGACGGCAUCACUGCUUUGGAGCGUAGCAAAUCGCUCUGGGCAUCCAAAAAUCAUUGGAGUAAGGUGUUCUGCGAAACAUCGCGACAACAUCUACCGGACGCAGCAGCCGUACACUGUCUUCUUGGAAAAUUGUGGAAAGCACACAAAGAUGUGGAGAAGGCAGUAGACUGCUAUGUGGAAUCGCUCAAACUGAACCCAUUCAUGUGGGAUGCUUUCCUGGGACUAUGCUCAACUGGGGUCAACAUCCGAGUGCCCAACAUAUACCAGUUAAGCCCGGAACUCCUCUCCAUCAUAUCUGCCUCUCCCGACGACCUCAAUGCCGUUCCGAGCCAGCACCCACAACCCGAUAGACCUUAUCCCUCUCACCACAGUGUCGACCCUUUCACGGGUCCGACUGUUGACACGACAAACGGAAGCUCGGCGCUUUGGGAACGAUUGAAAGGCACUUCUUCUGGCAUGAACUCAGGAGCUGCGCCUGUCAUACACGAGGGAAUGGAAACCCCCAGCGGGCAAAGCAGCAGUGGCUCUGAAGACUUCCGAAUCGCAAAUGGAGUCACUGAGCCAGACUCCGUCUGGGAGCCACCAUUAGCACCAGCCAGGAGAAAUCGCACCGUGCAAUCAGUGAGCUUGGACCAAUCAGGCUAUGCACCUCCCAAAAUGAAAUCUGCGGGAAUUAGAACGCGCCCCAGAACUCGCACAGAGCCCGAGGAAACAUCCCUGGCUCCCCUAGACCGAGAAAUGCCACCUGCGUCAAGAUUUGGGGACCGUAAACGGACUGUCUCUGGUCAAGUGGCUCAUCCAGCCCCUCCUCAGCCAAUGGAGCCAGGAGCACCACAGCGACGGAGUGUGCGGCUGUUCAACCAAAUCAAACCCACCACCAGCAAGCUUGCAACCUCUUCGCUCACUGGUCGCGACGGCCGUGAGGUGAAGAAGGUCCGUAAUCCUGCCACCAAGGGACGUUCCACUACCACGUCUACUGUGGGCCGCGUAGUUAGCGGCUUGUUUGCGAAGCUCGCAUCUGGGUACAGUGCUCUCCGUCGGUACAGGAGUCUUGAAGCAAUACAGCACUUCAAUUCUCUUUCACAAGGCCAGCGUGAGACUCCUGAGGUGUUAGCCCAGCUAGGUCGUGCUUACUUUGAGCAAGCGUUGUAUGACGAGUCCGCCAAGUAUUUCGCACGGGUCCAGGUAAUGGCGCCAUCAAGAGUAGAGGAUAUGGAGAUCUAUUCAACUGUUCUUUGGCAUCUCAAAAAUGACGUGGAGCUGGCCUAUCUCGCUCACCAACUUCUCGAGGCGGAUCGAUUAUCACCACAGGCUUGGUGUGCGGUCGGCAAUUCUUUCUCACACCAGCGAGAUCACGAUCAAGCCCUAAAAUGUUUCAAGCGGGCUGUCAUGCUGGAUCCUGGAUUCGCCUAUGGUUUCACCUUACAAGGUCACGAAUACGUGGUCAACGAAGAAUACGACAAGGCUUUGGAUGCCUAUCGCCAGGGCGUCAAUGCAGAGAAUCGCCACUACAACGCCUGGUAUGGGCUGGGCACCGUGUACGACAAGAUGGGCAAACUGGAAUUUGCUGAACAGCACUUCCGGAAUGCCGCUACAAUAAACCCGAACAACGCUGUUCUGAUCUGCUGCAUGGGCCUGGUUUCGGAGAGGAUGAAUAACCCACGAAAUGCUCUUUUGCACUAUGAACGAGCAUGUUCUGUGGCUCCGCAGUCCGUUCUGGCUCGCUUCCGCAAGGCCCGCGUCUUGAUGAAAUUGCAAGAAUUCAAUGUUGCCUUGGCUGAGUUGAAAUGCCUUAAAGAUAUCGCGCCUGAUGAAGCCAACGUGCACUACCUCCUUGGUAAGUUGUACAAGACUCUUCACGACAAGGGUAACGCUAUCAAGCACUUCACAACCGCACUCAAUCUCGAUCCCAAGGCCGCACAAUUCAUUAAAGACGCAAUGGAGUGCCUCGACGAUGAUGACAUGGAAGAUGCGGACAUAGCUUAA